AUGAAGAUUCCGCUCUUUCCUAAGCUAGCAACUGAAUGCUCCCUGUGGAUCUGGUUAAAAGAGGGAAGAGAAUCCCGGAAAUUGGUUUUACUGGUUGUGUUUGUGGCUCUGCUAGUAGACAAUAUGCUUUUCACAGUGGUGGUGCCAAUCAUCCCUUCAUUUCUAUAUGCCACACACAAAAAUAUCAGCCACUCUGCAAUUUGGGCCACAGUUCCUGUGCCUUUCUCAGCUGAUCCCUCUGCCUUGGGCUUCUUGGACUAUAACAAUAUCACAAUGACAGUCUCAAGCCACGAUGCUCUAGCCAGUGUCACUGGGAGCCAAGAAGGAACGGUUGCCCCUCAUUUCCUCAUGGAUGCUUUGAACCACAGCUGUACAGAUAGAUCGGACUCUCUUUCAGAGGAAAAUGUUCGCGUUGGGCUGCUCUUUGCCUCAAAAGCUUUGAUGCAGCUCCUAGCAAAUCCCUUUGUGGGACCCUUGACCAACAGGAUAGGAUACCAUAUCCCCAUGUUUCUUGGAUUUGUUAUUAUGUUCGUCUCUACGCUCUUGUUUGCUUUUUCCAGGAGCUACACCUUGAUGUUCAUCGCUCGCGCCCUGCAAGGCUUUGGUUCUGCCUGCUCAUCUGUUGCAGGUCUGGGGAUGCUUGCAAGCGUGUAUCCCGAUGACUGUGAGAGGGGAAAUGCAAUGGGAAUCGCAUUGGGAGGUCUGGCUUUGGGAGUGCUUGUGGGAGCUCCAUUUGGAAGUGUGAUGUAUGAGUUUGUUGGGAAAUCAUCUCCUUUCCUGAUUCUGGCAAUCCUGGCUCUCUUAGAUGGAGCUUUGCAGCUUUGUAUCUUGCAUCCAACGAAGAUUUCACCUGAGAAUAUCAAAGGGACUUCCUUGUUGACCUUGUUGUGGGACCCCUAUAUUUUGAUUGCAGCAGGUUCAAUUUGCUUUGGAAACAUGGGAGUUGCGAUUUUAGAAGCUACCUUGCCCAUUUGGAUGAUACAAACCAUGUGCUCCCCAGAAUGGCAACUGGGGAUAGCUUUUCUGCCUGCCAGUAUCUCUUAUCUAAUUGGGACCAAUCUCUUUGGGAUACUGGCCAAUAAAAUGGGGCGCUGGCUGUGUUCAUUGAUUGGGAUGAUGGUCAUAGGAGUCAGCCUCCUCUGUAUUCCCCUGGCUCAGGAUAUCUAUGGACUCAUUGGACCUAACAGUGGACUUGGUUUUGCCCUUGGCAUGGUGGAUUCGUCAAUGAUGCCUAUCAUGGGGUACUUGGUGGAUCUUCGCCACACGUCUGUUUAUGGCAGCGUCUAUGCCAUUGCUGACGUGGCUUUCUGUCUGGGCUUUGCUAUUGGUCCCUCCACAGGGGGCGCUCUAGUAAGAGCCAUUGGCUUCCCUUGGCUCAUGGUCAUCAUUGCAGGCAUCAACCUCGCAUAUGCGCCUCUGUGUUGGUUUCUACGGAGCCCCCCAGCCAAAGAGGAGAAGAUUGCGAUUCUAAGCCAGGAGUGUACUAUGCAAUCCAGACGUUCCAUCACUCAAAAGACACUUCAAGACUUUCCACUCACAGACAACAGCGAUGAAGAAAAUGAGACUGAUUUCUAA